AGCCGGCGAGGCGAGAGGACACCUUUCUGCAGAGGUACCACAGCGGCUAUCGGGAAUGCCUGAGCCAGGCCACGCACUUCCUCCGCUCCAGCCCGGGCAUCUGCGCGGGCAAGAAAGCCUACCUGAUGGAGCGCAUCUGCCACUGCAUGGAAAAAAUCACCGCCCGGGAGCCGCCGACGGGCAGCCCCUUCCCCAACCCGGCUUACGGCAGGUACGCCCGCGACGCCUGGCCCAGCUGCAGCCCGCCGCUCGGGGACCCCGCCUGCGUCCUGCACCCGGCUCCGGCCUUCCCUGCCGGCCACAGACUGCAGAGCCUCGCGGCCGGCCAGGCCCAGCCGGGGAACUCCGCCAAAGGCGCUCGGGACAAGCUGAGCGGCUCACAGAACUCUGCUGGCCAGCCCCCGGAGCUCAAUGUCUGGAGACCAUGGCCCUAG